CUGCCCAGGGUGCUAAGCUCUGGCUGCUUGAGCCCACCUUGGUCCUGAAGAAAUGGGAGCGAGGUACUAGAUGUCCUCACUGUCUCAGGGACUGUCAUUCUAUAAUGCUGUAUAUUUUAUCUCCUCAGGUGCCUAUGGAGCUGGUGUGGCUAGUUGGCAAGGUUAUGAAAACUAUAACUACUAUGGUGCCCAAAAUACGAACAUGACUACGGGAGCGACCUACAGCUAUGGCCCAACUACCUGGGAAACCAAGGCCAGUGAUGGUCUGGCACCUGGGGCCCCUCCCAUGCACAUGAGUUCUUAUGGUCCAGAGUCCUGCAGCGACAACUCCGACUCCCUCAUUGCCAAGAUCAACCAGCGCUUGGACAUGAUGUCCAAAGAAGGAGUCAGGGGUGGGAACAGCAGUGGGGGAGGCAUGCAGGACCGUGAUGGCUCCUUUCGCUUCCAGUCGUACGAGUCCUAUGAAUCCAGGCCCUGUCUGCCUGAACACACUUCUUACCGCCCUGGUUACAACUAUGACUUCGAUUUCCACCUGGGCUCUGACCGCAACGGCAGCUUUGAUGGCCAGUAUGGUGAUUGCCGGGACACUGUGCGAGAGCGCAACUCCUUUGAUGGCUACAUGCGGGGCCGGGGGCAGGGUCAGAACCGCUUCCAGGACCGCAGCAACGCCAGCACCUUCAUGCGCAGUGAUCCCUUUAUCCCCUCGGCUGCCCCCUCAGAACCCCUGCCUGCUCCCUGGACAGAGAUGAACUAUGUGGGGGGCCGGGCCCCGCCAGGCCCUGCUCCCAGCCGGCCUCCACCGUCCCUCUUCUCUCAUCAGCCCAUGGCCCCUGACUUCAAUAUGAUGGGCGUCCAGGGGCCAGGCGGGUUUGAUAACCCUGUGCCCUAUGGAUGUGGCCGUUCUCAGACCCGGAUGAGGGAUCGGCCUCGGAGAAGGGGUUUCGAGCACUUUGGCCCGGACAACAUGGGCAGGAAGCGGAAACUGCUGCUGAUGUAUGAGGAGCGGGAUGCCAAGCAGGCACGAGCUGACAGCGAUGGAGAUUUCUCUGACAACGAUGAUGGAGCUGCUGACUUCCGUUCGGGAGAUGAAGAAUGCCGAGGCGAGGAGGAAUUCUGUGACUCUGCGAAACAGAGAGGAGAGAAGGAAGAUGAGGAUGAUGAGCUGAAGAGGAAAAGAGAGAAGCAGAGAAGGCGAGACAGAGUGCGAGACCGAGGAACUGACAGGAUUCAAUUUGCCUGUUCUGUGUGCAAGUUCCGUAGCUUUGAAGAUGAAGAAAUACAGAAUCAUCUCCAAAGCAAAUUCCACAAAGAGACGCUGCGUUUUAUUGGUACCAAACUGCCUGAUAAGACAGUGGAGUUCCUCCAGGAAUACAUCAUAAACAGGAAUAAAAAAAUUGAGAAGCGGCGCCAGGAAAUGGUAGAUAAGGAAAGCACAAGACCGAAACCAGAUCCUUUCAAAGGGAUUGGCCAGGAGCACUUUUUCAAGAAGAUCGAGGCCGCUCACUGCCUAGCCUGUGACAUGCUGAUUCCCGCACAGCCUCAGCUCCUCCAGCGCCACCUGCACUCUCUGGACCACAACCACAACCGCCGGUUGGCUGCUGAACAGUUCAAGAAAGCAAGCUUGCAUGUGGCUAAGAGUGUUUUAAACAACAGACAUAUCGUAAAGAUGUUGGAAAAAUAUCUCAAGGGUGAAGACCCUUUUACCAGUGAAAGUGCUGAUCCAGAAAUCGAAGAUGAGAACUUAGUGGGUGAGGAGGCAAAGGAAGAGACAGCUGAGGAGGUAGCUGCAGAAGUCUUAGCUGAGGUGAUCACGGCUGCCGUGAGAGCAGUAGAAGGGAAGGGAUCAUCCACUCCAGAACAGAGCGAAGUCAAGGCUGAAGGGGAAAAUGCCACAGGCACAGCAGGGGCCAGUGGUGGUCCCUGUCCAGAAGAGCCACAAGAAUCAGACAAACCCAUAGAAGAGAAGAGGGAUACUGAAGCAAAGGCUGUGCAGAUUGGAGAUGAAGCAGAUAACCCAGUUGCAAAGGUAGAAAAUGCAGCCGCAGAUGUCACUUCUGCCUCAGACAUCACAGAAGCUGCAGAACAACUGGAUGAAGAGUCCAAAGAUGUCGUUUCCACAGAAUGAUCUUUCCCUGUUUCAAGGGAUGUAUUAUAUGUAAUGCUCUUUGGUUUUCUAAGGUAUUAAUAGAAUGUUUUAAUAGAAUAUAUUGAAAACCUUGCUGGCAAGACCCAACCACUUCUUUCAGAAACAGGCUUAUCUUAGAUUGGUGUGGCUUUCUGCCUUAAUUUGAAGGCUACAGAAAUUGUACAUUCCCCCAAACGGCUGUGAGAUUUUGCCAGACUCUGCUACUGGAGCAAAAAUGUUGGGUAGAUUUUGAUACUUCUGCCUGGUAAAGCAAAGUUACUGGUGAAAUUCCUCCUCCUCGACCUCAUCCCCCCCCCCUUUUUUUUUAAGUUCCAAGUUCCGGUAAUGUGCUCUGGCUUCUAUAGUGUUCGUGGGGCUUAUGAUCCUUUCUAGAUAGAGCAGAAUCUCAUUUCCAUGGUGCUGGCUCUCACUGGGAAGCUGAUUUCCUACAUCAGGAAGCACAGCCACCUAUCGCUGGAAAAUGAGAAAAGUGCCUAGGCACAGUUUGCAAAUCUCUCCUCUUGCUGAAUCUUCUUUACAUCCUUUUUAAGGAAAACCUUUGAUUUUUCACCUGCAUUAUUUCAGAUUUUUUCCUUUGAUUUUUUUUCCACUUAAACAUCUUUAAAAAGAAAACUUGAUGCCACUUCCAUGAAUGGAAGACUAAUGUUAAGUUGCUCUAGAAGAAUACAAUCUAAAAAAAAUGCAAUCUGAUGAACAUGUUCGAUACAUACUAGUUUGGAAGUUUCUGGAUCUGUGAGAGAGAAAAGCUAACAUGUUAUAGCCACAGUUCUACUUUUGUAUAAUCAAAAGAAUUAGAGAAGUUUCUCUUUCGAAAUAUUGUUGGGUAAGGUUCCCUGUAAAUCUGUGAAUUGUUAAAUUCGGGGAAACACUAGCCAGUGGGAAAUUGAAAAAAUAUAUCGUGAAAUAUUUGAUGGCAUCUUCUGUGUACCAGGUGCUAAAAUAGGAUCAAAAUAAGAUAUGGGCACUGCUUAAGUAGCCAUAUUGGAGAUAGAAGAUGAGUAUCUAUGAAAAAUUAAAAUUUUAGA